AUGAGCAGAGCCCUCUUGGCACUUCUGUUGCCAUUUGUAAUACGUUCAGAGAAUAAUAAUGGCGAUUACAUAAAAGUUUUCACAUUUCUGAAGCCAUUGACACCACUCGAAAGGAGUAAUGAUCUCAGUCUGCUGUUACAAAGGGAGAAUUACAGAGAUGAGGCAGAGAGAUUGCACAAAUUGUUCGCGGAUUUCAACGUAAGUGCAUUGUAGAAUAUUUUCUAUGAUUAGGUGUCAUCGUAUGACAAAAAAGUCAGAAAUAGAGUGGAAGAAAUGAUCAUUGCCAAAUAUCCGCACUGUGCAGAGACAUUCCAGCAGAAAACUGAGGAAAUCCCAGUGAUAAAAGGACUGGAUGCGGACUUUCUAGACUCAAAUCCAACUAUUUAUAUCAAUAGGAGCAUCAUUAAGUAAGUACAAUCUAUAAUAUUACUGUAUUUUUAGUGCAUUGAGCAUUCAAGAACCGAAAAACAUCGAGGAAAAGACUUUAUAUGAGAGGUUCAGGAAUAUUGUUAGUGAUAAAACGGAGAGAGAAAGAGUCAUCGAGUUGGAUACGACCGAAGAUUUGAAUUAUUUUGUCGGAAUCGGACAACAAUUACUCUAUGGAUUGGCCGGAAAAGAGAAACUAGAACAUGUAAAGUACUACUCGGUAUUGUAUUUACUCAAACGACAAGUUCUGGAUCUAAAUUUGAUUGAUGACAUAUACAAAUUGGAUGAAUCCGAUAACUCGCGACUUGAUUUUAUACUCGGUAGGUGUUGUUUGAUUACUAAGUAUUGUUUUAGGCCAAGUGUAUAUGUUUACAAACAAUAACAAAAAGGGCCUCGAAUACAUUAGAAAAGUGAUUCAGAAGAAAGGGAGUACUGCCCCGUUACUUUAUAUGGCUUCUUUUUAUUCGUUGAAGUUCAAAACCGCAGAAUAUAAUGAUUAUAUUAAACAGGCCCUGGAAGUGGAUCCAGAACUCAAAAAUAAUUUCCAAUUUAAGAAGAAUGUACAAUUUUACAACUGCCGAGAGUUACUAUAUGACAGUCUUACCAAAGAAAACGAGAAAUUGAUGAAAAAAUUGGAUGAGCUUAAUCGAUAUCACUCUGCGUAAGAUUACGGUAAGAAAAAAACUUAAAUAUUUUUAGAUUCGAAAGGGAAUUAAAAUUACACAACUUGAUCAGCAGCUAUGACAUUGAUCCCAUUGACCACUUCCAGUCCAUUCUGGAGUUUUUCUACACAAAAUUUGGAUACCUUCCAGGUGAGUUUGCUGCACUUUAUAAUUGCUUUUUAGGUCUCAAAUGUAUUGAAAGUUCAAAUGAAAAGGGAAGGGCGAGAAUUAAAUGUACUUUAAUUGAUAUCGAAGAGUUCGACAAAGUCAGUACUUUAAAAUUAAAGGAACUGGAAGAUCAGAGACAAGUAAGUCGAAAUUACUGUAAUUAAUUGUAAUGUUUAGGAUGGCGAUCGGAGGGUAAUGGAUGCAUAUCACAAAAAGAGAACUUUGGAAGCGAAGAUUAAUAAUCAAAAUAAAAUAGAAUUUAUGGAGAACGUGAAAGCGUAUCAAGGAUUGACAUUGGAAGAACCUCCUUUACCUGUGUUAUACUUAAGGUAAGGUUAGAAUAAUUUAAUUAAUUUUUAAUGUGCUUUAAGAGAGCAGAAUCCCCCUUUCACAGCUCCAAAUACUCAGGAUUUUUGCACAAAGGAAUUUGGCCGUCAAUCAGCGACAUCAUUUGAUUUUGGUCACUUUAUUUCAAUUGAGUCUCGGGGUUACAGGUAUGUUUAAUCUAAUUUUGAAGUUGUGCUUUUCAGUGUGAACGAUUUACUAAACAAAUAUCUUGGGAUAACCCCAGACGACCUUCUUCCUUUCCCAUGGGCCGAACCAAAUUGUGAUCCAGUGAAUGUAAACAUAUUGAAUAACAUUACCUUGUUACAAAAUGUAAGUUACUUUUAUUAUUUGAUUGCUGUUUAGAUAAAUACAAUCAAGGAAUUAUGGGAUUCUCCGAAUCUGUUCCCCUCAGAUAUUGAGAGAUCUUAUUUCAUGGAUAAACUGGAGGAUUUAAUGGGAUCCCGGAGUGAUGGCAGCUUUCUUCUUGCGGACUUUGGAAAUAGAAUUUAUCUGCUUAAGGAACUGGUAUGUUAAUUUGAUAAAUUGGAUAUCAAGUUUUUAGAAAAUUGGUCCGAAAUGGGUUCAAAAUGAGUUGGCGAUCCUUUAUUUCCGUGCCUUAGGGCGUUUCAGGAAUGCUUUGGAAUGCAUUGUGGAGAAUUUGAGUGGCGAUGAGAUCGAGGAUAUCCCCAAUUCUGAUAUGACUUUGGUCCAAUUGGUAUCAAUCAUCAGAGAAAGUGGAAUUGAGAACGCGACUGAUGACAUUAACUUAUUAUUAAAAGCGGCUCUACUAAAUUCAAAGUUUGAGCAUGUAAGUACUCGAUUAUGUAUAAGUGUUUUUAUUUUCUUUAGCCUCUCACUUACUACUUAAUGGGAGAUAAUUGUAAUGAUGUGGACAAGAGAGUCGACUUCUUGUUGAGGAGUUAUAAACUGGAUCCAACCUUCAAACCUCUCCAAAAACAACUUUAUUAUCAGUUUUGUCGGAAUGUGAGAGGCAAAGGAAUCCCCGUCGAGAAUUUCUUCCAACCAAUUUGUUGUUGGAGUACUGAACACAAUAUUUAUUGCUUUGGAGAUCCGAAUAAUGAGAAGAGCUGCUUCAAGAUCAAUGUCGACGAUAACACCACUGAUGUCUCCUUGUCCAGUUUCAGAUGCAGUGGGACUUAUACGGUAAGGAAAUGGUUUAUAUUUUGGAUGAUUUAGGCCCGCUCUUUCCUUCCUCCGGCCCGGAUUUUAUUCUUCAUCGGAUUUAUCCAUCCAAUCAGCAAAUUGCGUAAUAAAAAGGUGGAAAAUAAAAUAAAUUCAAUCAUGAGAGAGAAAACUGUAAAGGGAAGACAGAAGAAAGUUGAUACCGAUGCCGUAAGUGGUACUCGUAACAAAAAUUCUUUAGUUUCCAUUGGAUUACGGAGGGUAUUCGGAAGAAAGGAUCAACAAAUUCAGAGGGAAAGUCACUUUGAAUACGGAUAAUUUGGUCCACAAAUAUAUAAACCCGGCCUUCAAACGGACUUCAGAGGCCACCGAGAAGGCCAAGGUAAUAUAAGUACGAAAUUAUUUUACUUUUAGGUCUUGGAAUCGAUUGAUUCUGUGUCCUGGGGCGAGAUCCUCAAGUAUGACAUGUCUCCGCCAAAAGUAAGCAAUCAAAUUGACCUUAUCAUUGUUGAUUUAGCCUCUCCCAUCCCCAGAAGUAUAUCUGAAAACGAAAGGAAAGAAGUUGUACAAAUCCCUGGCCCUCUCCCCUCUAGAUUCGUGUCCUCCGAGUCUGGAUUCGAAGCUUUUGGCUCCAUAUUCGACGGAUAUGUUGAUCACAGCCAAAGGUGUUGAUCUGAAGGCUUUUGUUGAGCUCCAAGCCACUUCCGUCAACGAUUCUUUAGAGCCUUAUUGUCCUCUGACCUCCGCCACUUCCAUCGCUUUAUUCGAUAAUCUGGCCGCAUUUAAAUAUCAGGGCAAAUUCAAAUUUUAUAAACCAGAGAAAGCUCUCAAAGAGGUUGGUUCACAUAUCCCUUGACAUAACGAAAUAACUCCCAGCCAUUCUUGAGUAUCGCCAAAGAAAAGGACACUGUAGAAUCCUUGGCCACGAAGCUAACAUUGGCCAUGAAAUCGAGAAAUAACAAAGAUCAGCUCUGGAAAUUGAGUACGAUAGCUGCAUUGUACUGGAGAUUACAAGGGGACGCUGUAAAUGCUGUUAAUUGUUUAUCGUAUGCUCUCAAAUACGCUCCAAAACAAUACAGAGUAAGUAUUUUUAUAGGAUGUACAUAGCUUUAUUCAUGAUGACUAAUUUUUUUUGCAGGAUGUGGCUGCCAGUGGCCUAGCCAAUAUUUAUCAUCAAGCCGGCUUUCUCCAUAGUGCCUUAUACGCUGCCGACUUUGCGUUGAAGAAUUCGGAGACCAACGAAGUCUCUGUCCAUCUCACUAUUGCCAAUAUUUAUGCGUCUCUUAGAUAUUAUGACCAUGCCUUACAAUUCUAUUAUUCUACUCUGGCCCUCCAAUCUAACUUUAUUUUGGCCAAGGAAAGAAUCCGCGCCAUUGAAUGCAUUCGAAAGAGAGACGUCUAA